AUGACGCAGAGUAACUCCGGUUCAGACAAGUUCCACGGCAGCGGUCGCUCUGUUAGUGAGGAAAAGUUAAUGGUGGCUGUGCGUGUGCGGCCCCUUCGUGCUGAUGAAGGUCCCCGGAUUGUCCACGUGGUCAGCGAUAAGAUGUUGGUCCUGGAAGAGGAAGCUGACAUGCGUAAAGACGUUCUUCGCCAGCGACGUGUCAAUGACAAACAUUACGUAUACGACCGUGUUUUCGCUGAGGAAAGCACUCAAGAAGAAGUGUACGAGGCAGUAUGCGCGCCGCUUGUUGGUGACACCUUGAAAGGGAUAGCUGGUGCUAUAUUUGCUUACGGCGCCACUGGGGCUGGUAAAACGCACACCAUGACUGGCCUCAUGUCACGAGCCCUCAACCAUCUUUUCACAUCAAUCGGUGAAACCGACGAACCAAACUCCUUUGAGGUGAAGAUGUCCUAUAUAGAAAUUUACAAUGAAAAUAUUCGUGAUCUUUUGAACCCUGGAGCUGGUUUCUUGGAACUUCGUGAUGAGGGCAGCAGUGGACCCUCGAUUGUAGCUGGUCUGAGUGAGGUCCGUGCCGAAAAUGCGACUCAUGUAGCCGAACUGCUGGCUAAAGGAGAUCGCUCGCGGACAGCGGAGUCUACGUAUGCGAACCAGCACUCAUCUAGAGGUCACGCGCUACUGAGUGUAUCUGUAAGCAAGACGGUUUCAAAGGGUGUUCAGCGAGGUCGGUUAUUCCUAAUCGACUUAGCUGGUUCUGAAAGAGCGGGGGCUAGAGCUAGGAGACUAGAGGGCGCUCAUAUUAAUCGUUCAUUAUUGGCGCUUGGUAACUGUAUUAUGGCGUUAUCGGGUGGUGCAAGGUAUGUAAACUAUCGAGACUCUAAGUUGACCCGUCUCCUGCGUGAAGUAUUGGGAGGUAGAUGUCGUACGGCGAUGGUGGCGCAUGUUUCACCUGCGGCGGUACACAGAGACACUACCCGUUCGACGCUACAUUACGCGCAGAGAGCAUCCGCUAUCACAAACAAGGUGGAACGUGAAUUUAUUGAGAUUCCAAUGCAUUUAUCACAAUAUCGUACAGUGAUCAGUGAGCUCCGGGAAGAAAUAGCUCGACUCAAGACCAAGAUGAAGGACGACCGAUCAAAGAGCAAAGACGACCAAAUAAUAGACGAUACAUUAUCAAAAGAAGAAUCUCACGAGAAUUCAGCGCAUCUAAAGAGUUUAAGAGAAGCUAUAGUGUCCACGUUUAAACAACAGAUGAGGUUGAGGCGACGCUUGAUGGAGUUAGAUAGUCAUUUAUUAGGACUAGCUUUGGACGCUGAGAGACAGCACGCGGCCAUAUCACACUGGGAGGCUCGCUUUAAUAGAUUAUACAAACCUAUCAACUUUACUGGCUCACGGAUGAGCACGCAGCAGAGUUAUAGGGGUGGUGGAGGUAAUAGCAGUACUAGUAGUGAACGUGCAGAGGCAGAAGUCUCUGUUGAACAAGCCUGGGCUGAACUAGCGGCUGUUGAGAGAGAGCAAGAAGCUGCUAGGACAGAGAGAUUGAGGGUUGAGAGACAAUUAGAACAAGUUAGACUGAGAGGAGCUCAGCUAGAACAGGAACUCCCAGCACAUAUAUCAAGUGGUCCUGAAAGGGAGGUUUUAGCGUUGGUUUGCCGCGUACAUGAACUAGAAGCGGAUAAGUUAGCGCUGCAGGGCGAACGUGCAGCGAGGUCACAUGAACUACGGCGGAGGGAUCUAGCGCUGCAGCGGCGGGACGCGCAGAGGAGACUCACUGAUGAGAUUAUUACUAGGCAGAGACGAGCGUUGGAAGAAUACGGAGUAGGAGUGCAAUCAGAUCUGGCUCAACUGUACGAGUUGUAUCAACAAGAAAUACACGCGUCAACGUACACAGAGACCAACGAAUAUUACUCUCCGUACAGACUACCACCGAUAUCUACCAGCAUGUCAGAAUUGACUUGGUCGGAAAGCUCGAGUGGCUCGGGUAGAGGCUCGAGCUCGGGCUCGGGAGGAACAUUUGCUUUGGAGCGUCUGCCACAGCUCGCACCCACUCCUAGACCACGUACCAGAUAUAGUCAAGCGAGUGCUACAACCCUCAAGCGUUACUCGAGCGAUGACAGUCUAGUCAUCACAGCGCCGCGCGCCAACGAUAGGGCCGCUUGA